UUUCUUUCUCUCUAUUAUCUUGCUCUUUUGUUUUUUUUUUUUUUUUUUUCAUUUAUUGGUUUGAGAUGAUCAUGGCUCUGGAAUUGUCUUGAUUGAUUGUGUGCUGUGUGUGAUACAGUCACUUUUUUCCAAAAUCAAGGACAGAACAGAUCUUUGUCGCAGUGCAGCGACCGGCAGAAGGAAUCGAUAACACAACCAUCCAUCCCACCUAUCUACCUAGAAGGGAAAAGAUUAUUUCUUUUCCUUGAACUUCCUCACAAUAACCAAUCAUGUCUUCCGCAAGAGGCCGGGGUACCCAGCGAAGCCCUACUGUGCUGGUCACAGACUCGCGCGAUCAACAACCAGCUGCACCGCAGCGCCGUCGUCGCUCCCCAGCAACCCGUUUCAUCACAGUCGAUAACGUCCUCCAAUAUGCCUCGGAUGUCCCGUCGAUGCAACAGCGCCAUCCUCCGCCGAGCGGUGUCCGAGCCCGUCCCCGAUCCCGUCUCGCAUCUGCAGCGGGUGGAUUGAUGGGGUCGACUGGUAGUUCUGCGCCGAGUGGGACGCAUGCAUCCGGUUCGGCGGGAACGAUAGGACGACUUGCGGCGGCGCCGCGUCUGCCUCCGCGAACGACCAAGGUCAGUGAGAAGUUGGUGCUUUUGCCUGAGACGGACGAGGUGGACGAGCAUGAAGGGGAGGAUGAAGGGGAGGAGGAGGAUGAGGAGGCUGUGGAUGAGGAGCUGGUGCAGAGAUUGGCCAAGGAGAGGGAUAUUGACCCCGAUGCUGUGCGGCAGCAGUUGCUGACGCAGAAGAAGCUGGAAGGGGACUUUGGUGUGGAUAAUGAUAUUGCGCCGCUGUUGGCGGAGGAGGAGUUACUGGGUCGUCGCAGGGUGACGCCGGAUAAGGCGAAGAGUUAUGCGGAGCGAUUGCCCAAGGCUCGUCGGGCGGAGAAAUUGGCGCGUGUCACCGCGUACUGUACGGCGCAGGCGUACAAGAUGAGUUCGUUGGCGUCGUUUGUGAAGGAGUGGCAUGGUGGACGGACGAAGCUGUAUGAUGAUUGUCUGUAUGUGGCGUAUCAUCUUCCGCUUUUGCCUGGGCAUGAUGGCUACAGACUUCGGAGUAGUCCUAUGCUGAAGAAGCCGGGAGGGAAGUCUCUGCUGGACGAGGAGAUCGAAAGGAAUGAGCUGCGCGAUCAUCAUGAAGAUUAUAUUGUCGAUGCGGAGGAACAUUCGGUUGGCGGAGGCCGUGCCGAACAUGAACAUGAACAUGGCUCGCCCCGUCAUGUGGAUCACGUCGAGGGUGGAACACCAGAGCGAGAAGGUGAAUUUACCGAUAGAGUCAGACAAGAGGAGCAUCAUGACGGAGAACAUAGCAUGCAUGCUACCAAUAGCAACGGUCACGGACAUCACCAGGGUCUGCAUUCUAGCUCCGCAGCAGCCGCCGCCGCCGCCGCCGCCGCCUCAGCACAACUUGCAUACGACGUAGCGGAGAUGUUCGUCUUCAGCUACGGUGUCGUGGUGUUUUGGAAUCUCACCGAGAAGCAGGAGAAAGACCUGCUUGCCGAUUUGGCAUUUGCAACCUCAUCUGUGACAGGGACCCCAGUCCCACUGGCUACCAUGCCUUUGCACGAGGAAGAUUUUGAGACGGAAGAGUUCCAUUUCGAAUACUCCACGAGAAUUUCACGUCCGCGUGUAUACAAUGAUAUGAUUACCCUGAGAAGCGGCGACCACAUGAUCAAGCUGGCCAUCAGUCAUGGCAUUGCUCAGAGCACAAAACUCUGCUUCUUCGAAGAAGUCAUGGCCAGACAGAUGGCAGAAGCAAAGGAUGUCCCGCGCCGACUCGCCAUAACCGGAACCCUAGGCAUGAAGCGGGAAGAAGUAUUUAGGAUAUUGGGACGGUUAUUCAAGAGCAGAGUCGAAGUCAAUCUAUCCUCCAACAUGCUGGACGUACCCAACUUCUUCUGGGAAAGCGAACCAACCCUGUAUCCCCUCUACAUCGCCGUCCGCGAAUACCUCGAAAUCAAACCCCGAAUCCAAGUCCUCAAUGAACGCUGUCGCGUUUUCCUCGAUCUCGCAGAGAUCCUCUCCGACUCUAUCGCCGAUAACAAAACCUCUCAUCAAACAUGGAUCAUCAUCGUCCUAAUCAUCAUCUCCAUCCUCGUCACCUGCUCAGAAGUCUUCCUCCGUUUCGGUCUCCUAUCAACACGCCAGAAUGCAACCUCUACCUCCUUUGCUGCUGCGCUCUUCUCCCGCGCCUUGGGCUCGUCCCCUCAACCUUCGAUGCAAUGUUCAUGUCCUAUAGGGGGUUCUUGAUAUCCCAUCCAUUCAUCAAUUUGAUUCAAUUAAGUUGAAAUCGAUUCUGGCUUUGUAGCCUUACUGUUGAUACCUUACUUUCUAAUACAAACUCUUAUGAUGCUCAACUUGCUUGAUCGAUUCAUACUACUCUAUAUCCCAUAUCAAGGAGCAAAUAGAAUAAAAAGAAGAUUUUAUAAAUAUUAAACAAUAAAUUCAUGGAAGCCAUCCGGCAGCUUUCAUAUUAGACAAAAGAAAAACAGAGAAAUAAAC